AUGGAAGAGGAUCAACGUCGUCUCUCGCAGCAAUUCGAUGUUCCGGGUACCGCGCAUCUACAACCCGGAUUUGGACCGCCGUUCCAGCCGAACGGUGCAACGUUGGAUCAUCAAGCAGGAUCGCCCACCCAGCAUCCGCCAUCCCUUAUCACGGCGUCAUCAAGCCAGCAUCCGCCAUCGCUUUUCACGGCGUCAUCAAGCCAGCAUCCCCCAUCGCUCCCAAUGCCGUCAUCACAGACGAAUUUGUAUCAAAGCGGUGAGCCCACAAUGUUGCAAUUGAUCCAGCUCAUGCAGCAAGUAAUGACCAAGUUGGAGCAGCAGCAAUCGGUAUCACAACCGCAGUCAGCAUCACAGCCACAGCAGCAGCAGCAAUCGGUAUCACAACCGCAGUCAGCAUCACAGCCGCAGCAGCAGCAUCACCAGUUUCCCUUCAAUCCUGAGCAAAUCCUUGAUUCGUUGGCCAGGAACAUCACGGAAUUCCGUUUCGAUGCUGACGCAGGCGUAACGUUCGAGAAAUGGUAUUCGCGUUACGAGGAUUUGUUCGUCAGAGAUGCAGCCAGGAUUGACGAUGCGGCCAAAGUGCGCUUACUCCUGAGGAAGCUGGGUCCGUUAGAGCACGAAAGGUAUGUGAACUAUAUUCUUCCCCAAAAACCCCGUGAUUUUACGCUCGAGGCAACCAUUGCCAAACUGAAAUCCAUUUUUGGAAAAACAGAAUCCUUGCUAACUAAGCGUUACAAAUGCAUGCAGUUAGUAAAGAGCAAGAGUGAGGAUUUUUUGGUGUACGCAUGUCGCGUUAAUCGGGCGUGCGUGGAUUUCGAGCUAAAUGGAAUGAGCGAGGAACAGCUCAAGUGCUUAGUUUUUGUCUGCGGACUGAAGGAGGAAACGGACAAGGAUUUUAGAGUGAAGCUGCUCACUCGCAUUGAAGAGCGCCCCGAUAUCACUCUAGAGCAAAUAUCGGCGGAAUGCAACCGCAUUGCUAACCUGAAGCGUGAAAAUGCAAUGAUCACUGGUGCGUCGGAAGAGCGUGUGCUUGCAUUACAAAAUGGCGGCCGAAACCAUUUUAAGGGCUCGGAUAAAGGAUCGCGCUCGUAUCGCACGUUUCGCGAUAACCAAUCAGGGAGUAAGAAACCGAGUAACGCUUGCUGGCUAUGCGGUGGUUGGCAUUGGGUGAAAGAUUGUCCGAAAUCGAAUUAUAAGUGCAAAGAGUGCGGUGAAUCAGGUCAUCGGGAGGAGCGUUGUCGCAAGCGGAAGCAUCACACCGGUCGCAGAAGCCACCGACCACCACGGUCUGUUAGAACGGUUAGGGUGUGUAGUGUACGAGCCAGCCGUAAAUUUGUGCAGGUUUCCAUCAAUGGAACGAGUAUCCGAUUGCAGUUGGAUACGGGCUCGGACAUAUCGGUCAUAGGUCAGACCGCAUGGAAAAAACUAGGGAAGCCAUCAUUGGUAAAGCCUACCGUUUGUGCAAAAACAGCCUCUAAUGAAAAAUUAAAGCUGCUAGGCGAGUUUGAAGCAAGGGUGACAAUAUGCAACGCCACCAAGCCGGCGAUCAUCCGUGUGGCUCAGGUCGAUCUGCUCUUGCUGGGAGCAGAUUUGGUGGAUUCUUUUGCCCUUGGCUCCGUCCCAAUGGACAUGUUUUGUGCGAACAUUUCAACGGAUACGCACAUUCCAAAAGUGUUGCAUGCAAGUUUUCCCGAAGUGUUUCGAGGUACAGGGCUUUGUACAAAGGCGCAGAUCAAGCUGCAGCUAAGGGAAAAUUGCAGCCCAGUUUUCCGUCCAAAGCGGCCCGUGGCUUAUGCCAUGCAAGCCAUUGUUGAAAAAGAGCUUGACCGAUUGGUAGAAAUGAACGUGAUCACUCCCAUUGAUUACUCCGAAUGGGCAGCCCCAAUCGUGGUCGUACGUAAGAGCAACGGCAGUAUUCGAAUUUGCGGCGAUUAUUCCACUGGGCUGAAUGCUGCGCUGCAGCCGCACGAGUAUCCUUUGCCGUUGCCGGAUGACAUUUUUGCGAAGCUUGCUCACUGUAAGAUCUUCAGCAAAAUAGAUUUGUCGGACGCAUUUUUGCAAGUCGAGAUCGAGGAGAGCUGCAGGACUCUUCUCGCGAUAAACACGCAUCGGGGUCUAUACCUCUAUAACCGUCUACCUCCAGGAUUAAAGAUAGCACCAGCCGCAUUUCAGCAGAUUAUAGAUGCGAUGCUUGCCGGAUUGCAUGACACAUCUGGUUAUAUGGACGAUGUUGUUGUCGGGGGUAGGACGGAAAGAGAGCACGAUGAGAACGUCAGAAAGGUGCUCCAGCGUGUGCAAGACUUUGGGUUCACGAUCAAGGCCGAAAAAUGCGCUUUCAAUAUGCACCAAAUAGAAUACCUCGGGCACAUCAUUGACCGAACAGGUUUAAGGCCGAACCCAAAGAAAAUCGAGGCAAUCAUAAAACUGCCAGCGCCAACAAAUGUUAAUGAGGUUCGUUCAUUUUUGGGCGCAAUCAAUUAUUAUGGCAAGUUUAUUCCCAGGAUGCGGGAUUUGAGGUACCCCCUGGACGAUCUGUUGAAAAAUGAAAGCCAGUUUGUUUGGACCAAACAGUGCGAGAGAGCAUUCAGCAGGUUUAAGGAAGUGCUGAAAUCGGAUCUGCUUUUAACUCACUAUGACCCUAGAGCCGACAUCAUUGUAGCGGCGGACGCGUCUUCCGUAGGACUCGGAGCAACCAUCAGUCACAAGUUUGCAGACGGAUCAGUAAAGGUGGUGCAACACGCGUCGCGGGCUUUAACAAAAGCAGAGGCAGGGUACAGCCAGAUAGACCGCGAAGGAUUGGCGAUCAUAUUUGCGGUAACGCGUUUCCACAAAAUGCUGUAUGGCAGACAUUUUCGACUCCAAACCGACCACAGGCCAUUGCUCCAGAUUUUUGGCUCGAAAAAAGGCAUUCCCGUAUAUACCGCAAAUCGGCUGCAACGGUUUGCGCUAACGCUGCAGCUGUACGAUUUCGAGAUGGAGUACAUACCAACGGACAAAUUUGGGAAUGCGGAUCUGCUAUCUCGGCUUAUUAGCAGAUGCGAGAAGCCGGAACCUGAAUACAUCAUCGCUAGCAUCGAGCUGGAGGAAGUCGUAAGUUGUGUGGCCAUUGAAUCACUAAAAUCAUUUCCGAUUCAUUUUAGAGAAGUUGCUACAGCUACGAGAAACGAUGCACUACUACGACAAGUGUACCGGUACGUCAAAGAGGGUUGGCCUCGGGGCGUGGCUUACGCAGAGGAUUUAGUCCGCUUUCAUCACCGAAGAGAUGCGCUGACAACCGUGGAUGGCUGCAUUCUUUUCGGGGAGAGGGUAGUGGUACCCGCUGCUCUACAAAAAAGGUGCCUAAACCAGCUACAUCGUGGACACCCAGGCAUCCAGCGGAUGAAGGCGAUUGCGCGCAGUUUCGUUUACUGGCCAUCACUGGACAACGACAUCACCGAUUGCGUCGCUACCUGUGGGCCGUGCCAGGCCGCAGCCAAAUCCCCUCAAGCAGUGGCCCCAUCAUUAUGGCCAAAACCAUCCGGUCCUUGGCAUCGUGUUCACAUCGACUACGCCGGUCCAGUGGAUGGAGUGUAUUUCCUGGUCGUCGUAGAUGCCUUCUCUAAGUGGCCUGAGAUCGUGAAAACGGCGAGUAUUACCUCAUCCGCUACAAUUACCAUCUUGCGAGGCAUAUUUGCUAGGUUUGGACCACCGAUAACAUUGGUCAGCGACAAUGGCCCCCAAUUCACCAGCGAAGUCUUCAGCGAGUUCUGCGAGCGGAACGGCAUCGAGCAUAUUCGAACUCCGCCUUUUCAUCCUCAAUCGAACGGCCAAGCCGAGCGGUUCGUGGACACGUUCAAGCGGGCGUUGAGGAAAAUACAGGUGGGAAGUACGUCGCUGGAAGAAGCAUUGGAUCUAUUUCUUCAAACCUAUCGCUCCACACCAAAUCCUGUUUUGGCGCAACGCACCCCAGCCGAGGUGAUGAUCGGAAGAGCAACCAGAACAGUUCAUCAUCUGUUGCGGCCGCCAGCGUCAUCAGAGACCAUCACUAGGAGCGAUAUUCGAGAAUGGCAGCCGGGUGAUUUGGUGUAUGCUAAGUUAUACAAGGCGAACUCUUGGAGCUGGGCAUCUGGAAGGAUAGUUCGCAGAAUGGGUAAUGUCAUUUACGAGGUGGUUACCCAGGACCAGCAAAAGCAUCGGCGUCACGUGAAUCAGCUCCGACGUCGUGUUGCUGGCCCGGCUGAACGGAACGAGCGAACGGAGCAUCAACUACCCCUAUUUAUCCUGUUGGAUGAAUGGGAUUUGCCGCAUCCUUCAUCUCAUCAGCCAGCGUUACCCGUGCCGUCGCCCGCAUCGCAUCCCACAUCAUCAUCAGCACCGCCUGCGCAGGUAGAGGCGCAGCGAGCAUUAGCAUCAUCGCCAACAGCACCGGCACAUUUGGAAGAGCAGCAAGGACCCCCGGCUAAUAGCAGGAGCAACACACAGCAGACGCGGCUACCACGACGUUCUUCUAGGAUUAGAAGAUUGCCACGUAGGUUCAGCCCGUACAGGCUGACUUAA